CGACCACUUAGUCCUAGCCGACCCUACAUUUUGGAAAGACGACAAAAUCAUGUUGGAACUGGGAGCUGACAUCUACCCAAGAUUGAUGAAACCCGGCUUAUUCAACCCCGAUAACAGCACCGUGAUCGCACAAAACACCGCACUCGGUUGGACUUUAACCGGUGCUUGUGCGAUUUAAAACCCAAACACUGCAAGGCGGCCGGGAUGUUCAUACCAAAUGAACACAUCCCUGCAUUGUCCUCCUAACUCGUCUAAAUACGAAUUAGAGGACAAUGCAAAAAACACCCAACAGCGCCAACAUAACAGCGAAGCACCCAACGAAACAAAAAGACACAAUCAAACCAAUCACCACAGUGAACGGAACGGACAUAGGCGCCAAAAUCAGCAGCAACAACAUCAACAAACUUUACAGCAGCAGCAUCAGCAGUUAGAGCAAACCUACAGCAGCAGUAUUAGCAGCGACAACAACAACAGCAGCAGUAACAGAACAAAAGGUCUCAACGCGGGAGUAAAAAACCAUAUCAGUUUUUAUUUUAUUUGGCACACCGGCAAAUAUAUCGUCGAUCACCCCGACAAGGGAUAUUUAUUUGAUCAAAAUGUAGUCGUAAUCAGCGAAGAUGUACUUCACAUAGCAGAGUGGGCUCGUGUUCUACAAAAUGCAGAAACACGUGUAAAGUUUGAUGACUACAUUCAUGUUGAUGAUGAGUUGGUGAUUACUGGAAGCCUCAAUGAUGAUGAAAUUCUGGGUUUCGAAAACAUCGACGAUGAAAAUUGA